AUGGCUACUGCGAAGAGAAGAAGGUCCGAUGCGGACUCUAAGAAACGAGGAGCAGAUCUUUCGAAGGAGGAGGAUGUGAGGGAGGCCCCAAGGGCAUCAUCAAUCUUGAAGUCCAGCGAGGUUGCAUUUCCUAGAGGUGGUGCCUCUGCUCUUACUCCACUGGAGCUGAAGGAGGUUGCGAACGAAGCCACCAGGGACGUUCUCUUUGAAAAUGAAAAUGGGAAGAAGGAUGAACAGAGACCGAGCAAGAAGAAGAAACUGGCCAAGAGCGUGAAGUCUGUUGUUGAUGAUGACGAGCCAAAGAUCUCCAUCGACUCUUUGUCCUUUAAGAAUCUCGUACCGGGGACUCUGGUGCUCGGGCAAAUCAGCGAGAUCAACCGUUGGGACAUGGCGAUCUCAUUGGCUGACAACUUGACUGGGUAUGUACCAAUCACCAGUGUCUCUGCAAUUGUCACAAAGCAGCUGGAAGAGAUGGACGAAAGUGAUGACGAUGAAAGCGAUGAUGAUGGCGAGGGGCCAGAUAAGAUCACCUCGGGGAACUCCAAACAAGAGCAAAUGGUUGAGCUGAGCAAAUUGUUCCAAGUCGGUCAAUGGGUCCGUGCUAUAGUUGUGGAAUCAACAUCAACUUCAAACAACAAGAAGAAACAGAAGAAACGUAUCCAGCUCUCAAUCGAACCUGAGAGAGUAAACAAAGUCCUCGAAGAUGAGGACCUUGUUGUCAAUGCCACUGUCCAGGUCUCGGUUAAGACUGUUGAGGAUCAUGGUGCCAUUCUCGAUCUCGGUAAAGACGUUGGUGGCUUCAUCUCCAACAAGGAGAUCAAGGCUGCUGGCUUCGAACCAGAGUCCUUACUCCCAGGUUCAGUUUUCCUCUCAACCAUUGCAAACAAGAACUCACGUACCAUCACCGUGAAGUUGACUACAAACAAGAAGAACGUUGUCACCACGAUCUCAUCCGUGGACGCUGUUGUUCCUGGUAAUCUGGUGGAGGCCCUUGUUACUGAAGUUGAAAGAGACGGAAUCGUCUCUAAAGUCUAUGGAAUGCUGGAUUCAACGAUCAGCUUAGGCCACAUUGGCGUGUUCGACAAAGAUGCACUCAUGCACAAAUUCGCCAUGGGUUCCAAGGUUAAAGCUCGUGUAGUUGCAGUGGUUCUUUCCAACGAUUCCAAGAAGCUGAUUCUCUCAAUGCAACAGAACGUGCUCAACUUUGGUGCCCCACAGACCUCUGAUGCUCUUGCAGCUUUCCCUAUCGGUCAUGUUUUCGACGAUGUUGAGGUCAAGGGACACGAUUCUCAGUACAUCUACGUCAAGAUUGGUGGUGAUAGACUGGGUCAGGUCCAUAUCUCGAGAAUUGACAACACCAAGUCCAACCUGGAAACCUUCUAUGCAGCAGGAUCAAAGCAUCCAGCUAGAAUUGUUGGAUUCUCUGCAUUUGACAACUACUACACGCUGACCUUUGACCCUGCUUUGAUCAAACAGAAGUAUCUGAGACCUCAAGACAUCCCACUCGGCGAUGCUGUGCUUGUUGAAAUCUUGAGUGUUUCUGAGCAAGGGAUGAAAGUCAAGGUGUUUGAUAAGUUCGAGGCCACUGUUCCAGCUUCUCAUAUGAGUGAUAUCAAACUCAUAUACCCAGAGAGAAAGUUCAAGAUUGGCUCUAAAGUCAAGGGAAGAAUCCUAGACGUGACGCAACACAAGCAUGAAAUCAUUGUCACUUUGAAGAAAUCUCUUGUUGGGAUUGAGAACGUUGUUACCUCCAUUGAAACUGCCACUGUUGGCGAGAGAACAUCUGCUACCGUUGUGUCUUUCAACCCAAGUGGUGCUAUUGUUGCCUUUUUUGGUCGCUUGAAGGCUUUCUUGCCAAAGUCUGAGAUUUCAGAAACGUUUGUAAAGAAGCCAGAAGACUAUUUGCGUCUUGGUCAAACCAUUGCGGUCAGAAUUACAUCAGUCGACAAGGAUUCCCACAGAUUGACCGUCAGUUGCAGAUUGUCUGCAGAGAUUACUGAAGCCCAGAAGACUGCCUUGUCAGAGCUCGUUCCAGGCCAAUCGAUUAUCAAAGUUCAGGUUGUUGAGAAGACCAAAGAUUCUAUUGUUGUUGAAGCAGCUGGCAGCAACAUUAAGGGUGUUAUCUUUGCAGGCCAUCUGUCAGAUGGUAACUUUGAACAGAACCGUGCUGCUUUGAAAAGAACUGAAGUUGGUUCCACCAUUGAAGGUCUGGUUCUAGCUAGAGAUGCACGUUCAAGAAUGUUCAACAUGACCCUCAAGAAGUCCUUGAUUCAAGGUGCUCAGGCUGGUAUUCUGCCAUCCAAAUACAAAGAUAUCAAGGUUUCUGACGAAUUCAUUCCAGGAUACAUCAAGUCGAUCAAUGAUAAGGGAAUCUUUAUUGCAUUUGGUGGUAAGCUCAUUGGUUUGGUUCUCGCAAAGUAUGCCACUGACAAACCAGUGGAUGAUUUGAACUCAGUUUUCUACGUGAACCAAUCCGUUUCCGUGAGAGUGCUUAGAGUGGAUGAUGAAAACAAGAGAUUCUUGUUAACAUUCAAGGAGAACAGUGCCAGUGCAGGUGUUAAAGCUGUGAACCCAGUUGACAGCUCCGUUAAGUCAAUUGAAGAUUUGAAGCCAGGCAAAGUCAUCAAUGUUAGCAUUAAGAAUGUGAAGCAAACACACCUCAACGUCCAAAUUGCAGAUAACAUCCAAGGCCGUGUCGACAUCUCGGAGAUCUUUGAGAAAUAUGAUGAUAUUAAGGACCCAAGACAUCCAUUGUGUCAAUUCAAGAAGGGUGAUGUAUUGAAGGUUAAAGUCAUUGGUUUCCACGAUGCUCGUAACCAUAAAUUCUUGCCAAUUACGCAUAAGAAAUCAAGACAAACAAUAAUAGAAUUGAGUGCAAAGAAAUCCGACAUUGAGAGUGACUCCUACAAAGUUUUGGGAACCCAGGAUAUUCAAAUUGGUUCAGAGUACCUUGCAUUCAUCAACAACUCUGCCAAUGGACAAUUCUUUGUUUCUUUGUCACCAGCUGCAAAGGGAAAAAUCUCCUAUAUUAACACGUUUGACAACGCUGCUCUGCUCCAAGAUAUUGACGAGGCUUAUCCAAUUGGAUGUGCUCUUAAGGCCACAGUCAAGUCCAUUGACGUCGAACACAACGCACUCACUUUGACUUGUCGCUCGAAUGCCAUCGCCAGUAUCGAGGAUGUCAAGACUGGCAUGAACAUCCCAGCCCGUGUCUUCAAGGUAUCUGAAACGUUUGUCCUUGUUGAACUUGCUGAGAAGAUUACUGCAAUUUCCUUCAUCACCGAUGCUUUGAAUGACUACACGAAGAAACUUUCAGAUGUGUUUGAGAAGAACGAUAUCGUUGCUGCUUCUGUGUUGGAAGUUGAUACUUCAAGCAACAAGAUUUAUGUGUCGUUGCGUAACGACAAGGCAUCUGACAAGCUGAUUAGAAGCUCCAGCGACUUGAAACAAGGUGAUGUGGUUCGUGGUUUUGUUCAAAAUGUCACUGAUAAGGGCCUCUUCAUUGCCAUUGGUCGUACCGUCACUGCUUAUGUUGCAGUUCGUAACAUCUCCGACUCCUUUAUCAAAGACUGGAAGAAGUUUUACAAAUUACACCAACCAGUCAUCGGUAAAGUUGUCACAGCUGAUAGCGAAGGUCACGUUUUUAUGACUUUGAAGGAAUCUGAGGUUAACGGUGAGCUCAACAUUCUUAAGCGUUUCGAAGAUUUACAGGUUGGUGAUAUCUUCGAAGGUUCAGUUAAGAGAAUCACAGACUUUGGUGUUUUCGUUAAGCUCGAUGGUACCUUGAACCUCAGUGGUCUGUGUCACCGUUCUGAAAUCUCUGACAACCAAGUUCAAAACCUGAAGGCAUUGUUCGGUGAAGGUGACCGUGUUAAGGUCAAGGUCCUUUCUUUGGAUAAGGAGAAGAAACAGAUGUCUUUGGGUAUGAAGGCCUCAUACUUCCAAGAAGAUGUCGAGAUGGAGGAUGUUGACCAGGAAGCCGAAGUCGAAUCAGACAACGAAGAGGUGGUGAAUGAAGAUACCGAAGUUGGAGACGCUGCUUCCGAUGAAGACGACGAAGUUGACUUUGACAACAGUGCCUUUGACGGUCAAGAUCAAGACGAAAGUGACAGUGACGACGAUGAUGAUGAUGAGGGGGAACAAAACGGCUUGUCUGGUCUCACUACAAACGGUUUUGAUUGGACAGCUUCUAUCUUGGAUCAAGUCCAGGAUGAUGAGUCCAGUGACGAAGAAGACUUCACUGAGAUUAGAACGAAGAAGAAGAAGAGAUCUAAGGCUGUUGUUGAAGACACUACUGGUGAUAUCAACUCCAAGGCACCACAAUCUGUUGCUGAUUUCGAGAGAUUGAUCAUUGGUAACCCUAACUCAUCCAUCGUUUGGAUGAACUACAUGUCUUUCCAACUUCAGCUCAGUGAAAUCGAAAAGGCACGUGAGAUUGGUGAACGUGCACUGAAGACAAUCAACUACCGUGAAGAACAAGAGAAACUGAACAUCUGGAUUGCACUUCUCAACUUGGAGAACACUUUCGGUACCGAAGAGACCCUUGAAGAUGUUUUCAAGCGUGCCAAUGAAUACAUGGAGCCAUUGGUUAUCCACCAAAAGAUGGUUAGCAUCUACAUCUUGUCUGAGAAGUACGCUAAGGCUGAGGCACUGUUCAAAGUCAUGUGUAAGAAGUUCGGCAAGAGCUCAACUUCAAUCUGGGUGAGCUAUGGGUCAUUCUUGCUGGGCCGUGGUGAAAACGAAAAGGCCCAUGAAGUUCUUGCCAACGCACUGAACGUGCUUCCAAAGCGUGAUCACAUUGAAGUUGUUCGCAAGUUUGCCCAACUGGAAUUCACCAUUGGUGAUCCAGAACAAGGUAGAACGUUGUUUGAAGGGCUGAUUGCGGACGUUCCAAAGCGUAUUGACUUGUGGAAUGUCUACAUCGAUCAGGAGAUGAAGAAGAACGAAAAGAAGAAGGUUGAAGAUCUGUUUGAGAGAGUGUUUACCAAGAAGGUCACUCGUAAGCAGGCCAAGUUCUUCUUCGCCAAAUGGCUCGCAUUCGAGGAGAAAUGUGAUGAUGGAAAGGCUGUUGAUUACGUCAAGGCAAAGGCACAGGAGUUUGUGCAAAAGAACGACAAGGACUGUCUAAACGAGCUUCGACAGGUACAUUCGAGCUCGUUGAUGGGGUUCCAGUUGUCAGAAUGCCUACACCUCGACAUGAGCGAACAGCCCCAGACUGCGAGAAGGGCGACACCACGAGCCGUAGUGCUCUCCGUGGCUGCUGGCAUACUACUACUGGUGCUCUGCCUGUUCUUGUCUAUUGAAUGGCUUAUUGGAGAAGAGUACACAGCAGCAGCCAUCCAAGAUGAGGAACCACUGCUGGCUGAAGACCUAAACCACAGCGCCGUCAAAGACCCCAUCAGCGCUGUAAAAGGCGAAGAGGAGAGCUCCUCCAGCUUGAUUAUCGACUUAGAAUCACCAACAACAGGCACGCUUACAAACAACUCACUGCCCACAGCAGCUGGCCGCCAGCAACACGCUCAUUACAAGACCUACAAGGGCCCUACGCCGUCAGCAUUGCACUUUCCACAGUAUAACAAAGACGGCAAGAAGCAUCGUAGGAUCUUCAUUCCAGGACGUGGGUGGAUGCAUCGCAAGCAGUUGGAGCUGGAGCAGAGGACCUUAGCUGAAAUGCUCAACUGACGAACUGUUUCCUUUGUUGGUUUGUGUCACUUUGCUGUGUUGUAGUUUUUCUGUUUUGUACUCGGCCCACACCGCGGGUUUAAGCAUCAACAUCAACAUCAACAUCAACGGCCUUGAUCUCGUUCCCUUCG